AUGCAGAGGCUUCAAUCCCUUAUUCGAACUUCACCCAUUACACUACCAUGUCUGAAAGCAACCCAUUGUCUAGCAAUCAAGUCAGGUUCCAUAUCCGACCUCUAUACAGCCAACAACCUCAUAACCGCAUACUCAAAAUGUGCACAACUUCCCCUUGCUCAUCAACUGUUCGACGAAAUGCCUCACCGAGAUACUGUAUCAUGGAAUGCAAUCAUUUCAUGUUACGCAAACACUGGCGACCUGGAUUAUACAUGGAAACUCCUCAACAAUAUGAGAAUCUCCGGUCACAUAAUUGACAGCCACACAUUUGGAAGCAUUCUCAAAGGUGUUGCUCGAGCUCGUAGCCUUGAUCUUGGGAAGCAGAUACAUUCGGUUAUGAUUAAGAUGAGGUUUAAUGAGAAUGUGUUUUCAGGGAGUGCACUUCUUGACAUGUAUGCCAAGUGUGGUAGAGUUGAUGAUGCAUUGGUUGUGUUUCGGUAUAUGCCAGAGUGCAAUUUUGUGUCGUGGAACACGUUGAUUGCGGGUUAUUCGCGAGUUGGUGAUCUUGAGAUGGCGUUUUGGUUGCUGAGAUGUCAGGAGUUGGAGGGUGUUGGGAUUGAUGAUGGCACAGUGGCUCCGCUUUUGACUUUGCUUGAUGGUGUUGAGUUUUGCGGUUUGGUAAUGCAGCUGCAUUGUAAAAUUAUGAAACAUGGGCUGGAGGAUUUUAACAUUGUCACAAAUGCACUUAUCAUGGUGUACUCAGAGUGCUAUUGUCUACAAGAUGCGGAGAGAAUGUUCGAUGGUGCUGCCAUGUAUCGUGAUAUAGUUACAUGGAAUUCCAUGCUUGCAGCUUACUUGCUUCACAAGAAAGAAGAUCUUGCGUUUGAAGUUUUCAUUGACAUGCAGAGUUUUGGGUUUGAGCCUGAUGAUUAUAGUUAUACUGGGGUUAUCAGUCAUUGUUUUGUCAAACAGCACAAAAGCCGUGGAGAAUCUUUACAUGGGUUGGUGAUAAAAAGAGGUCUUCAAGUUUCUGUGCCUGUUUCUAAUGCUUUGAUUGCCAUGUAUCUUGGAUUUGAUAAUAGGGGCGUGGAAGGUGCAUCGAAAAUCUUCUUUUCCAUGGAUGUUAAAGAUUGUUGUACUUGGAAUUCUGUUUUGGCAGGGUACGUGCAGGUUGGUUGGAGUGAGGAAGCCUUGAGGUUGUUUGUGCAGAUGAGAUAUCUUUUUGUAGAAAUUGAUGACUAUACUUUUUCCGCUGUCAUCAGAUGUUGUUCAGAUUUAGCAACAUUGCAGCUAGGUCAACAGGUUCAUGUUUUGUCACUUAAAGCAGGUUUUGAUACAAAUAAAUAUGUCGGGAGUUCAUUGAUCUUCAUGUACUCUAAAUGUGGUGUCAUAGAUGAUGCUAGGAAAUCUUUUGAAACAACUUUCAGUGACAAUGCAAUUGUUUGGAACUCGAUCAUCUUUGGGUAUGCACAACACGGACAAGGAAACAUUGCACUUGAACUCUUUAACUUAAUGAGAGAGAGGAAGAUGAAACCUGAUCAUAUAACCUUUGUUGCAGUUCUCACUGCAUGUAGUCAUAAUGGGCUCGUAGAAGAAGGCCGGAAAAUAAUACAAUCUAUGGAGUCUGAUUUUGGUAUUCCGCUGCGAAUGGAGCACUAUGCUUGUGCAGUUGAUCUCUAUGGUCGGGCUGGGCAUCUAGAAGAGGCAAAAGCUUUGGUUGAAACAAUGCCUUUUGAACCUGAUGCAAUGGUGUUGAGGACUUUAUUAGGUGCCUGUAGAAGUUGUGAUGAUAUUGAAUUAGCAAGUCAUGUGGCAAAAACAUUGCUACAGUUGGAGCCUGAGGAUCACAGCACUUAUGUUCUGCUCUCGGACCUUUAUGGGCGUCUGAAGAUGUGGGAUGAAAAAGCUAGUGUAACUAGGCUGAUGCGAGAAAGACGCGUGAAAAAGGUUCCUGGUUGGAGUUGGAUAGAAGUGAAAAAUGAAGUGCAUGCUUUCAAUGCUGAAGAUCACUCUCACCCUCAGGGCGAGGAGAUAUACAAACUGCUACUAGAAUUAAAGGAGGGGACUAAGUUGUUUGAUAAUUUUGUUGGUUAA